CUCCCAAUCUCUGUUCUCUUCUCCUUCCAAGAAACAAACCGACUUGCCCUUCUCUGUCCCCAUUAUUUUUUUCCUCUUUUCUCUUAAUCAAAUCCUAAAAAGAAACCCUAAAUUUUUCUCCUUUUUAGUCACCCUCCACAGAAAGACUCAACAACGCAGAUUCUACUAUUCAAUUCAAGCCUGUCCAAAUCAAUACCAUGAACACCCAAUACAUAUACAUAUAACCCAGAAAUGUUUUCUUGAUUUGUCUCUUGUUUGUGUUCAAAAUUUGAAACUUAUCAAGAAAAAUAGAGAGGGGAAAAGGAUUGAAGUGUCGGGUUUCAAGCCAUGGCGAACGGUGCGGAUUCGGAGGAUAAGUUUGUGGUAUUAUCAAAGAUCCGGACGGGUUUGAAGAGGGAGUUCGAGUUUGCUUUGAAGGUUCAAUCGGAGAUCUGCGGGUCACUCGGGCGGACCCGGUCCAAGAAGGCACAUGAUAAUGUGGAUUCGGACCAUGAGUUGGUUUCGCCGCCGCUUAAGAAGUUGAAGACUUAUGUGUCGAGGAGGAAAAGGAAAGAGGAGGCGAAGGGUGUUGAUGUUGUGAAGGAUCUUGAUAAAGAUACAGAGGUUAUGAGCGAAGAAGAGGCGAAAAGUGACGUGGUUGAUCUUGUUGAUGAAGUCAAGGUUGAGAGUAUUUGUAAUGUUGGUGGGGUAAUACCUAAACCCAGUGGUGAGGAGGAAUUGAUGUGUGAAGAUGAGAUAGAGAAGGAAGAAUUAUGUAAGAAUGAUGGCAAAAAAGCUGUUGUUUACGAAAAGGAGGUUUUAGUAAAUGUUGAAGAGGGCAAGGGCGAAAAUAAUCAUGUAAAAGAGGGCAAAGGCGAAAAUCAACAUGAAGAAGAGGGUAAAGGUGAAAAUCAUCAUGAAGAGGGUAAGAAUGAAGCUGAAAAGGUGGUAAUUGGCGUUGAGGAGGAGAAAAGUAAUGGAUGUGAUAAAGUGUUAAUGGAUGUACAGGAAGAUAAGUAUGAAAAAACGGGUGAAGAGAAAGAGAAAGAGAAAGAGACUGAAAACGUAGUAGUUGGUGUUGAAGCGGAGAAAAAGGAGACUGAAAACUUAGUUGUUGGUGUUGAAGAGGAGACAAAAAAUGAGACUGAAAAUGUAGUAGAUGCUGUCAUAGAGGAGAAAAAGAACGAGACUGAUGGGGGAUUAGCGGAGAACGGAUUGGUUGAGGGGAAAUUGAAGGAAAAAGUAUGGAGUAAUUUGGGCGAGGAAGCUUCAAAGAAAUCUGGUAGUUUGUGUGAAGAAGGGUCUGGUGCGGUAGAACCUGUUGUGGUUGGUGGUAAUGAAGAUGUUAAGGUAACGAAUGGGGUUUUUGAGAGGCCUUUGAGAAGGUUUACGAGAUCGUUUUUACAGCAGAAGGUGCAGUCAGUGAAGACACGGGGUGGAAAAGAGAGUGGUAUGAAGGAAGAAAGUGAUCAUAGAGCAGCUAGUCCAUUGUUUACUACUCCAGUGAAGCAAGACAGCCCAGUGAAGUCAAAGAAGGUCGCGAGAAAAUUUUAUACCAAGUUGAAAGCUUUUCUUGAGUCAGGUAUACUUGAAGGAAUGCCUGUAAGAUACAUUCGUGGCUCCAAGGUAAGAGAUCCCGGUGUUAUGGGCCUGCAAGGAGUGAUUAAGGGCUCUGGGAUAUUGUGUUUCUGUGGUGAUUGUAAUGGGAAUGAAGUUGUUACCCCUAAUGUGUUUGAGAUGCAUGCUGGUAGCACAAAUAAGCGUCCACCAGAGUAUAUCUAUCUGGAAAAUGACAAGACACUUCGUGAUGUGAUGAAUGUUUGCAAAGACUCACCAUUGGAAACCUUGGAGGAGACUGUCCGUAUGGUUGUUGGUUCUUCUAGGAUUAAGUCUGGCUUUUGUUUGAACUGCAGAGGUUCUAUCUCUGAAGUUCGUACAGAGGAAAUGCUGCUGUUAUGUAAUUCAUGCAUGGAUUUGAAGGAGCCUGAAGCUGUCUCUGCUGGUUUGACUGAGACUAGUGAUGGAUCUCCAGAACCAAGUUCAGCCCAAAAGUUAUCUUACAGUGUGAUGAAGAAUAGCAGUUCAUCAAAAAGUCAAGGAAGAGUAACUAGAAAGGAUCUGCGGAUGCAUAAACUGGUCUUUGAGGAAGGUGGCUUGCUAGAUGGAACUGAGCUAGCAUAUUUUGUUCGUGGCCAGAAAUUACUUGUUGGAUACAAAAUGGGAGCUGGAAUAUUGUGCUCUUGCUGCAAAUCUGAGGUUAGCCCCUCACAGUUUGAAGCACAUGCUGGUUGGGCAAGUCGUCGUAAACCCUUUCAACACAUCUACACAUCCAAUGGAGUUUCUCUCCAUGAAUAUUCUAUAAAACUAUCCAAAGAACGGAGGUUCUCUACUAAAGAGAAUGAUGACCUUUGUGGCAUUUGUAUGGAUGGAGGGAAUUUAUUAUGUUGCGAUUCAUGUCCAAGGGCCUUCCACAAAGACUGUGUCUCUUUACUGGGUAUUCCGAAGGGUGCUUGGUACUGUAGAUAUUGCCUGAAUAUGUUCCAAAAAGAAAAGUUUGUGGAGCGUAAUGCCAAUGCUAAAGCUGCUGGAAGGGUCCCAGGUGUUGAUCCUAUAGCACAGAUAACUAAUCGGUGUAUUCGGAUUGUUGAAACUCCGGAGACUGAAUUAGGGGGAUGUGUUUUAUGCAGAGGACGUGAUUUUUGCAAGUCAAAGUUUGGUCAUCGCACUGUUAUACUUUGUGAUCAGUGUGAGAGAGAAUACCAUGUUGGCUGUUUAAAGGAUCAUGGAAUGGAAGACCUUAAGGUAAGAGAUCCCGGUGUUAUGGGCCUGCAAGGAGUGAUUAAGGGCUCUGGGAUAUUGUGUUUCUGUGGUGAUUGUAAUGGGAAUGAAGUUGUUACCCCUAAUGUGUUUGAGAUGCAUGCUGGUAGCACAAAUAAGCGUCCACCAGAGUAUAUCUAUCUGGAAAAUGACAAGACACUUCGUGAUGUGAUGAAUGUUUGCAAAGACUCACCAUUGGAAACCUUGGAGGAGACUGUCCGUAUGGUUGUUGGUUCUUCUAGGAUUAAGUCUGGCUUUUGUUUGAACUGCAGAGGUUCUAUCUCUGAAGUUCGUACAGAGGAAAUGCUGCUGUUAUGUAAUUCAUGCAUGGAUUUGAAGGAGCCUGAAGCUGUCUCUGCUGGUUUGACUGAGACUAGUGAUGGAUCUCCAGAACCAAGUUCAGCCCAAAAGUUAUCUUACAGUGUGAUGAAGAAUAGCAGUUCAUCAAAAAGUCAAGGAAGAGUAACUAGAAAGGAUCUGCGGAUGCAUAAACUGGUCUUUGAGGAAGGUGGCUUGCUAGAUGGAACUGAGCUAGCAUAUUUUGUUCGUGGCCAGAAAUUACUUGUUGGAUACAAAAUGGGAGCUGGAAUAUUGUGCUCUUGCUGCAAAUCUGAGGUUAGCCCCUCACAGUUUGAAGCACAUGCUGGUUGGGCAAGUCGUCGUAAACCCUUUCAACACAUCUACACAUCCAAUGGAGUUUCUCUCCAUGAAUAUUCUAUAAAACUAUCCAAAGAACGGAGGUUCUCUACUAAAGAGAAUGAUGACCUUUGUGGCAUUUGUAUGGAUGGAGGGAAUUUAUUAUGUUGCGAUUCAUGUCCAAGGGCCUUCCACAAAGACUGUGUCUCUUUACUGGGUAUUCCGAAGGGUGCUUGGUACUGUAGAUAUUGCCUGAAUAUGUUCCAAAAAGAAAAGUUUGUGGAGCGUAAUGCCAAUGCUAAAGCUGCUGGAAGGGUCCCAGGUGUUGAUCCUAUAGCACAGAUAACUAAUCGGUGUAUUCGGAUUGUUGAAACUCCGGAGACUGAAUUAGGGGGAUGUGUUUUAUGCAGAGGACGUGAUUUUUGCAAGUCAAAGUUUGGUCAUCGCACUGUUAUACUUUGUGAUCAGUGUGAGAGAGAAUACCAUGUUGGCUGUUUAAAGGAUCAUGGAAUGGAAGACCUUAAGGAAUUGCCAAAAGGAAAGUGGCUAUGUUGUGCAGAUUGCAAAAGAAUUAAUUCUGCUCUGCAGAAGUUGGUUGAUCGUGGGGAGGAGAGGCUUCCAGACACUUCUAUAAAUGUCUUAAAAAAGAAGAACGUUGAUAACACUUCAGAUUGUGGGCCUGAUGUUGAUGUCAGAUGGAGGGUUCUUAGAGGGAAGAAAAUGGAUGCUUCUGAUGGUACUAGAGUGUUGCUUUCCAAGGCAGUUUCUAUAUUCCAUGAUCGUUUUGAUCCGAUCAUUGAAUCUCAAUCUAAACUUGACCUUAUCCCAUCGAUGGUUUAUGGGAGGAGUCAUAAGGGACAAGAUUACCAUGGGAUGUAUUGUGCGAUAUUGACAGUAAACCAAGUUGUGGUAUCAGCUGGAAUCUUCAGGAUUUUUGGGCAGGAACUGGCAGAGCUACCUCUGGUUGCAACUAGUACAGAGUGUCAAGGCCAGGGUUAUUUCCAGUGCCUUUUCUCUUGUUUUGAGAAGCUACUUGGCUUCUUAAACGUGAAGACUCUUGUACUUCCAUCGGCCAGUGAAGCGCAAGCCAUUUGGACUAAUAAGUUUGGUUUCAACGAGAUGAGCCAAGAUGAGCAAAACAAGUACAGAAAUGACUAUCCUAUGAUGAUAUUCCAAGGAACAUCAAUGCUGGAGAAGGCAGUCCCAAAGUGCCGAAUUGUUGCCAAAUCAGUUGGUUGAAAGUUGGAAAUGGAUUUUCUGUGAAGAUGGAGAAGCCAUGUUAUUUUUGUAGAUCCUUUUUCCUAGAAAAUGUACAGGGGUCCAUUGUCUUUCUAUGUACAGGGAUUAGUGGUAAAGUUUAAUAUUAUAAUCUGGGUUAGCUGACAGAAAAGAAAGAAUGAGA